CCAAAUCCCUCCUCUUUCAACCAUUAAUUUCUGAAAAGUACAUUUUUGAAUCAUUCCUCAUUAGUUUCAAACUGAAAUGAGAGUACACCAAGUAAACACUGCUGCAAAUGCAAUCUUUUUUCUGUUUCUAUGGCUUUCUGCUUCUUCAAAUGCCUUGCUUUCUCCAAAAGGUGUCAACUUUGAAGUUCAAGCUUUGAUGGGUAUAAAAGCUUCAUUGUUGGAUCCUCAUGGAGUUCUUGAAAAUUGGGAUGGUGAUGCUGUUGAUCCCUGUAGCUGGACUAUGGUCACCUGCUCUGCUGAGAGUCUAGUCAUUGGCCUGGGGACACCUAGUCAAAAUCUAUCUGGCACACUUUCUCCCAGCAUUGGCAACCUAACCAAUCUUCAUAUUGUAUUGUUGCAGAACAAUAACAUCACAGGCCCAAUCCCACCAGAAAUUGGUAAACUGAAGAAUCUUCAAACACUUGAUCUUUCUAAUAACCAUUUCACCAAUGAAAUCCCAUCAUCUUUAGGUCACUUGAAUGCCCUCCAAUACAUGAAACUAAGCAACAACAGUCUUUCUGGGCCAAUCCCAGAUUCAAUAGCCAGCAUGACUCAACUUGCCCUUGUAGACUUGUCCUUCAAUAACUUGAGUGGCCCUGUUCCUAGAAUUCCUUCCAAGAACUUCAACAUAUUUGGGAACCCUCUGAUGUGCCCAACAGGAUCUGAGCAACAAUGCUAUGGAAUGACACUUAUGCCCAUCUCUAUGCCAUUAAACACCACAAAAGACAACACUUCAUCAAGAACAAAAUCCCACAAAAUGGCCCUCGCCAUUGGUACAAGCCUCGGAGCCAUUUUCUUGCUCGUCUUUGGAAUCGUAUUGAUAUGGUUCAGGCGAACCCAUAAUCGAGAACCCUUCUUCGAUGUCAAAGAUAAACAUCACGAGGAAGUUUCGAUCGGGAAUUUAAGGAAGUUUCAAUUCAGGGAGCUUCAAAUUGCAACACACAAUUUCAGUAACAAGAACAUAUUGGGGAAAGGAGGUUUUGGGCAUGUGUAUAAAGGGACACUCCAUGAUGGGACGUCGGUGGCGGUUAAGCGGCUGAAAGAUGGCGGUGCCGCUGGUGGCGUAAGACAAUUCCAAACAGAAGUUGAGAUGAUCAGCCUAGCAGUUCACCGGAAUCUCCUCAGAUUAUAUGGAUUUUGUAUGACUCCUACCGAAAAGCUCUUAGUCUACCCGUAUAUGUCCAACGGCAGUGUCGCUUCUCGUCUCAAAGCAAAACCAGUGUUGGAUUGGGGGAUAAGGAAGAAAAUUGCAUUAGGGGCAGGAAGGGGAUUGUUAUACCUUCAUGAACAGUGUGACCCUAAAAUCAUUCAUCGGGAUGUAAAGGCUGCAAACAUAUUGCUUGAUGAUUGUUGUGAGGCAGUUGUUGGUGAUUUUGGGCUGGCAAAGCUUUUAGACCACCAAGAUUCUCAUGUAACCACUGCCGUUCGGGGAACCGUGGGUCAUAUAGCACCGGAGUAUCUCUCCACCGGUCAGUCGUCGGAAAAAACCGAUGUUUUCGGCUUCGGGAUCCUUCUUCUAGAACUCAUCACCGGACAACGGGCUCUAGAAUUCGGCAAGGCCGCAAACCAGAAAGGGGCCAUGCUUGAUUGGGUGAGAAAGAUCCACCAAGAAAAGAAACUAGAUAUAUUAGUGGAUAAGGAUUUAAAGAGCAAUUACGAUAGAAUGGAGUUAGAGGAGCUUGUAAAAGUGGCAUUGUUGUGCACACAAUAUCUUCCCGGCCACCGGCCAAAGAUGUCGGAAGUUGUACGGAUGCUGGAAGGAGAUGGGUUGGCAGAAAGAUGGGAGGCUUCACAAGGGAUUGAGUCCGCCGGAAAGUUCAGAACGCCGGAGUUGUCUUCGUCGGAAAGAUAUUCCGACCUCACCGAUGACUCUUCGUUACUUGGACAAGCAAUAGAACUCUCCGGUCCAAGAUGAAUUGUUAUAUAGAAGUUGAAAUCUAAUUUUAUUUCCAAGUUUUUAAAUGAUUUUUU